AUGCUAAACUUGGUCCGAGCCGCUACGACCGGCCAGGACCCAAGUAGUCAGAAGGAACGGGUCCUUGAGGAUUUUGUGGCUAGGUUGCGUCCUGACAUUCGCUACUACGUCAAGUUAGACAACCCCUUGACGUUCGAGCAAGCGGUAGCGAAGGCCCAAAUGGUUGAGCAACUGCUAACCGAGGCCACAACUGACCGCUUGAUCAACCCAGUUAGCGCCGCACGCACCAUAGAGGUGAAGGCGGUGGCAGCGGAACCGCCGCGGACGAACUUUGGAGAACGUAGCAGUCAGCACCAGCAAGGAAUCAGGAUGUUUUCCGCUAGCAUGGUAUUCCCGACCGUCGACUUAUUCCUAGUCGCUCGAACUCAAGUCAAACCAAGUCCUCCACAGUUGACUCGUGUUUCAACUGUGGAGGACUUGGUCAUCACGCUCGACAGUGUCCAUCGUUGA